UGUGUUGUGAAGUGAGAUACUGACCUUUUCUAUGAAGGAGGAAUAAUGUCUCUCAAGCUACCUCGGAACUGGGACUUCAGCACCCUCAAAGCUGACACAGCUAGAAUAGGUAAGUUACAUUAAGCUAUUCUUGGGAGUCAUUGCGUUUGUGUAAAUAGGUACAUUUGUUGUUGUAUCAUUAGUUGCAUUGUACACUAGUGCAUGUGUGUGUAACAGGCGUCUAUGUAGAGGUAUAGAGGCUGGACCUGUAGGUGUGACAUGAGCGGAGUUGGGGAGUAACUAAAACAAUGCAAGUUUAAAGGCCCAGUGCAGUCAAAAACAGGAUAUUCCUAUGUUUUAUAUAUAUAUAUAUAUAUAUAUAUAUAUAUAUAUAUAUAUAUAUAUAUAUAUAUAUAUAUAUAUAUAUAUAUUUCCACACUAUGAGGUUAGAAUAAUACUAUGAAAUUGUGAAAAACUUAGAAAAGACCGCUUAAAAUUUUAGCCUGUUUUGGUGGGAUGGAGUUUUGGCUUGCCUGACCAGCAAAUUAGCUACUAGACCAAUUAGAGGGUUCCAAACCUCUCUGCCAAUAGCAGCACAUUUUCAAUUUCCCCCUCCCCACUGUUUCUUUUUGACCAGUUUAAUUUAAAACAAUCACAUUAAGGUACUUAAUUGUUAACCAGAAAUUAUUUGAUAUUGAGAUUAAAACGGCUGCAUUGGACCUUUAAGUUUGUUCCAUCUGAGCGAGUCUGACCACAAGUCAGAGACCACUAUGAUGACACACCAAAUGCAUUUGAUGAAUCCUUUUUGUCUUCUUCUAAUGCCUCUUAAGGGGAAAGUAAUCCAAAAAUAACUGAAAGUAAUCAGAUUACGUUACUGAGUUUGGGUAAUCCAAAAGUUAAGUUACUGAUUACAAUUUUGGACAGGUAACUAACUAGUAACUAUAACGGAUUCCAUUUACAAGGUAACCUACACAUCCCUAGACAUGAGGUUGACUGUGGCUCUGUGUGUGUCAGCAACAUACUGAGAAUGUUUUAUUUAGACUGUAAUUCUUAUACUUGGUUAUAUUAUUGUGUUUAGCUGUGUUUGUGGUCCAGGGCCUUGGCUUCCAGUAGGAUAAUGCACCUGAUUACAGCAGGGGAGGUGCACCUAUAACUUACAAAACAGUGCAUGAGUGCAUGUAAAUACAUACAGUGCCUUCGGAAAGUAUUCAGACCCCUUGACUUUGUCCACAUUUUGUUACGUUACAGCCUUAUUCUAAAAUUGAUUAAAUAAAUAAAACAUCUUCAGCAAUCUACACACACUACCCCAUAAUGACAAAGCGAAAACAGGCUUUUAGGAUUUUUCGCAAAUGUAUUACAAAUUAAACACAGAAAUACCUUCCCCUUUGCUAUGAGACUCGAAAUUGAGCUCUAUUGAUCAUCCUUGAGAUGUUUCUACAACUUGAUUGGACAUGAUUUGGAAAGGCACACACCUGUCUAUAUAAGGUGCCACAAUUGACAGUGCAUGUCAGAGCAAAAACCAAGCCAUGAGGUCGAAGGAAUUGUCUGUAGAGCUCCGAUACAGGAUUGUGUCGAGGCACAGAUCUGGGGAAGGGUACCAAAAAAUGUCUGCAACAUUGAAGGUCCCCAAGAACACAGCGGCCGCCAUCAUUCUUAAAUGGAAGAUGUUUGGAACCACCAAGACUCUUCCUAGACCUGGCCGUCCGGCCAAACUGAGCAAUCGGGGGAGAAGGGCCUUGGUCAGGGAGGUAACCAAGAACCCGAUGGUCACUCUGACAGAGCUCUAGUGUUCCUCUGUGAGAUGGGAGAACCUUCCAGAAGGACAACCAUCUCUGUAGCACUCCACCAAUCAGGCCUUUAUGGUAGAGUUGCAAGAAGGAAGCCACUCCUCAGUAAAAGGCACAUGACAGCCCGCUUGGAGUUUGCAAAAAGGCACCUAAAGACUCUCAGACCAUGAGAAACAAGAUUCUCUGGUCUGAUGAAACCAAGAUUGAACUAUUUGGCCUGAAUGCCAAGUGUCACGUCUGGAGGAAACCUGGCACCAUCCCUACGGUGAAGCAUGGUGGUGGCAGCAUCAUGCUUUGGGGAUGUUUUUCAGCGGCAGGGACUGGGAGACUAGUCAGGAUCGAGGCAAAGAUAAACAGAGCAGAUCCUUGAUGAAAACCUGCUCCAGAGUGCUCAGGACCUCAGACUCACCUUUCAACAGGACAACGACCCUAAGCACACAGCCAAGACAACACAGGAGUGACUUCGGGACAAGUCUCUGAAUGUCCUUGAGUGGCCCAGCCAGAGCCCGGACUUGAACCCGAUCGAACAUCCAUGAAGAGACCUGAAAAUAGCUGUGCAGCAACGCUCCCCAUCCAACGUGACUGAGUUUGAGAGGAUCUGCAGAGAGGAAUGGGAGAAACUCCCCAAAUAUAGGUGUGCCAAGCUUGUAGCGUCAUACAUACGCUGCCAAAGGUGCUUCAACAAAGUACUGAGUAAAGUGUCUGAAUACUUAUGUAAAUGUGAUAUUUCCGUUUUUAAAAAAAAAAAAAAUUUGCAAAAAUUUCUAAAAUCCUGUUUUUGCUUUGUCAUUAUGGGGUAUUGUGUGUAUAUUGAUGAGGGGGGGGAAAACUAUUUAAUCAAUUUUAGAAUAAGGCUGUAACAUAACAAAAUGUGGAAAGAGUCAAGCGGUCUGAAUACUUGCCGAAUUGCUACAUAGCCUUAUAUGGCAUGCAGAUUAUUUCAUACUGAAACAAUUUUAUUUAUAUUUUUUUAUUUCUAUUUAUUUAUUUGUUGGGUAGAUCAGCUUAAUAUUGCAGAUAGAUUGUAACUUCCAUCAAUGUAAUUGUCUGCAUCACUUCCAAUCCCCCAUGUUUUUUUAUAUAUAUAUAUAUAUAUAUAUAUAUAUAUAUAUAUAUAUAUAUAUAUAUAUAUAUAUAUAUAUAUAUAUAUAUAUAUAUAUAUACAUACAUAUACAGUGGGGAGAACAAGUAUUUGAAUUACUUAAAAAUCAUACAAUGUGAUUUUCUGGAUUUUUGUUUUAGAUUCCGUCUCUCACAGUUGAAGUGUACUUAUGAUAAAAAUUACAGACCUCUACAUGCUUUGUAAGUAGGAAAACCUGCAAAAUCGGCAGUGUAUCAAAUACUUGUUCUCCCCACUGUAUUACUUUCCAACCCCGCCACCCUUUCCCUACUUGGAGUAAACUAGUGAACAACAAUGCUUAGGCCUCUACUUCCAGUUUAUACUUACUAUCUACAUUUUAUGGACACAGUCAAUUUUACAAUAAUUAUAUUUUGUUUGUUUUUUCUCCUGAACUUCUUCUACUCUCAACCUCUCUGAUCAUUUUCAUGAUGUCCAUCCGGUUUGCUUCUAUAUGCCAUAUCUUUCUAACUGUGCUCUUUCACAAAAACUCCCAACCUACAACCUAUAUACUUAUUAUGGACACAGUAUGCUUACAUUAUUAGUUAUCUUGUUAUUGUUUGUUGUUAGUUGUUAUUAGUCCCAUCCUUCAAUUCCAUUCAACACCUCCCAUCUAUCUCUUAACACCAUCCAUAUAGGAUUUCUAUUUGCCAUAUAUAUUUCAACUGUACUAUGAUGUCUUACAAAAGUUCUGAACUUUUCUAUUCUCAUUGUUUCUACAGAUUGUGAAUUGAAAAUAAACAUUUUUGCUAAAAGUAUUAUUAUAUUAUUGAUUGAUUGACUAUGACUUUUCAGAUCACCCAGUAAUGCUAUCUGCAAGGUUAGCUCCAGGUAAAUAUUGCAAUCCUUUAGCCAUUCCUGGACCUGUGUCCAAAAACAAACUACAAAUGGACAGUACCAAAACAAAUUAUCUAAUGAUUCUGUCUCUUCGCAGCAAAAUCUGCAGAGCUGGGAAGAUUGUAUCCCCCAUAUAAAUAACAUUCCAUUGGUAGCAAGAAUUUUAUAUAAUAAUUUAAAUUAAAAGAUUCUAUGUUUUGAAUCUAUUAGUGGAGUGUUGCAGUUGUCAUCAACCUGUCAGUGAAAAAAACAGUGUGGAUACUUCUCCUAUCUACAAUGAACAGGUUUACGUAGUUUACUGGUUACACAUCAGCAUUGCUGGGAAGCAAGUUACUCAUGAUUUCUAAGAUGUGACUUCUAUGAUUGCUUAAUCUAUCACACAGUAUACUUUACCAGUCAGUCACUCACAACCCUGAGAAUUUAACACCAGUCCUCAUCUCAAGCACAUGUUCAGCCAGCAAGGCGUUUUUAAUUUCCUCUGUACUCUUUGGUGCUUUCAGCAGGAAGUUGAUGAAAUGGCAGAACAGUAGCUGUGACUCUGUAGACUUGUGUUUGUGUGUGAGAGUGACUGUGUGAGAAGGCCUGAUGUACUUUGCUACAUGACAUCUGUAAUUUUCCUUACACCAGUACACUGUACACACAUUUUAUCUACUGCAUGGCUACCCUCAAUAGUUCAUCAGAGGAUCAAAAGCCAUAAAUGUCAAUGGAAAUAUGUACACAGAAUUAAUAUGUACAAUCACACAACUGAAUAGGGCCAGUGUGUUCUGUCAUUUCAACUGCUGAAGUUAGAACCCUAUUCCCUAUUUAGUGCACUACUUUUGAUCAGGGCCUAUAGAGCUCUGGUCAAAAUUAGUGUACUACUUAGGGAAUAGGGUGCCAUUUAGGACUCAGACUUGGUCUCUAGGGGUUAAAUAUUCACGUUUAUUCAAAACGUAAUUGAGAUCAUUAUUUGGAACUACAUCUAUUCCUGCUGGCCCUUUAUACACUUAAUAGCAUUGUGCCACAGCCACGCACUUCAAUCCCCUCCUCAUUGAUGUAACAUUAUUCACACUGACGUAAAACAGCUUGUUGCAACAAGCUCCGUUUGAGAAGUUGAAAGUUUAUUUAUGGUUUCAUUGAGACUCCUGGGUCUAGGAGGUCCUCCGUCCAGUUGAAAGGUUCCUCAAAGGUCUGUGUCCGUCUUUCCUUUUUUUGUGGUGUCUCAUACUUCACUGUGUGUGGGCCAGAGGUUCAUCCAGAGCCCUUUGAAAUGGCCCUCUUCAAGGGAUGAUGCUAUUAAAACAGACCAAAGGGUCUGAGUUCUAGGUGGGGGCCUUCAAAGCGUUUGUCCCAUCGAUGCAGUCACUUCCUGUUUAUAUAGCCAGGCUCAUCUUCUUCUCUUCUUUCAUCUGGCCUGGGAGGUCACAGUGAUUUACACAACAAGUGAGCGAACGCUCUCAAUCACAAUCACAGCAUCUGUCCGGCAACCUCCAUUACCACCCUGCGUGUCACUCCGUCCUCCGUUUUCUCUCUCCAUCCUGUGCCACGUAGCCUACUACUCUACCUCCCUCUCCAUCCUUUCAUCAUGCUCUUCCUUUUAUCUCUCUCAUGCUCUCCUCUGACAUCAUCCACAGACAACUUAGACAGUAAAUCAUCAUGUUGUUGAGCAAUGGCUGGCCUGUUAGUAAAGGAAAAUGACUCAACCUUGUCUAUAUUUAGGUCUAGUUGAGACCAUGUACUGUAUUAUUGUUCCUGUGUUGCCCUUCCCUGUAGUCUAGUGCACCUAAUUGUUGAAGGCCCAGCAGUGGCGGCUCCUGAAAAAAUUCCCAGGGGGGGCAAUUUUUCUGAUGAUUUAGGUGACCUACACACAUUUUAAAAAAGAUAUGUCCAGCAACAACAUGAAGACAGGGGCAGCAUAUAAGUCAAUACCAGAAGCAUUUAUUGACUGAUCUGGGGAGAUGGAUUCCAGUUUCUGUGACAGAUUAUAAAUAAUCUCUGAUGCCUUUGUUAUAUUAGCUUUUGGUUGAAUGUACACAACGGUAACAAACAAUUGGGGGAACUCACGGGGCAGAUAGUAAGGUCGCAGUGACACAGAAAGCAGUUCAAUGUCGGGGGUACAGAGUCGCUCUCUUACCAGGAUCGAUUUUCCCUGUGACUGUCAGAUCGCGGUCCGCUCUGACCAGGGUGAAGCCGGCCGGCUCCACUUCUCUGUCCGGGACUCUGUCAUCCAGCCAAGUCUCAGUAAAUGCCAGCAAACAGGCCUCCCGAUAUUCGUGUUGGAAGCGCAGAUUCGCUGACAACUCAUCCGCUUUCCCCCUCAGUGACUGGGCAUUAAUCAGCAAGGUGGUGGGUAAGGGAAGUUUGUUCUUAAUUUUUUUAAAGUCGUUGUCUGAUUCCCCCGCGUUUUCCACGUUUGCAUUUGGGUUUGUAAUCCACUCGCAGACAAUCAGGUAUUAGAUGGGCCAUUGGGAUAUCCAUCGCGUUCGUAUUUGAGUUGCAUUGUAGUAAAAACUCCCUGCUGUAUUGGAUUCCGCUGCCAGCAGCGUUUUCAUUAUUUAGUCCGUUCGUAGCGGGUAUGUACACGAUCAACAAGAUCAGUCCAAAACCCACCACUGGAAAUCCAUGGUUGGCAGAAUGUUUGUAAACUAAGUGUACAAAUUAAAAACAUAAAAUAACGCCACUAAGUGUACAAAUUAAAAACAUAAGAUAACGCCACACUGCAGGUCGCAACAGAGACGCUGCUACCCGCUCUUUUCUUAGUUACGUUCAUGGUUACGUUACUUAUGACGAAAGCGCGUAAGUGCAAGCCCUCAGAAACCCAUAGAGAUUGUAUUGAAAGCUCCCAGUGUAUUUGUAGGUCACUAUUUUCCUACCAUUGAACAAUCACAACUAGAAUCUAGAAGCAUGCACCUUAAACAGGAAGCUUGGCAGGUCAGACAUUGGCGGUCUGUUUCCUGCCAGGCCACCACUUCUGUCUACUGCAAGUCAGAUUGAUGCAUGUUCAGAUUAAUAAAAGAAGAAGACCUGACUUGACGGAUGUUGAGAGCCUUGUUGACAUCCUGGCUGUGUUUAGUGUAGUGUCUCUUAAGGCUCUAUUUAACGAUACGGCUGUUCUGUAUGUUUCCGCUCUGUGGCAGCACGGUCUAAGAGUGUGAUGCCUGGAGAGGGCGGCCCAGGGUUAGGCUCGCCCGGCUCCACCAGGAGGGCCAUGGAGAAGCCGCUGAAGGCUGGCUGGCUGAAGAAACAGAGGUCCAUCGUAAAGAACUGGCAGCUGCGCUACUUUGUGCUGAGAGGAAGCACACUGACCUACCAUAAAGACGAAAAGGAGGGGACUGUCCAGGUGAGAUGGGGUAGAGAGGAGGGCAGAUAGGUCUGGCCUCUAGUUAUAGCCUUUAACUUUUCCUGAUCUGGUCAUGUGGUUAGGAAAACCUCAGGGCACUUUAAGCAUCCAAACAACACUACUGCUGUCAAUAUUCAGUUAGCAUGUUACCAUCUUUAUUGAAGUCCUUCCCUGUGUUUCCUGUAGCCUAGACAUGUAUGUCUUGUUUACUAAGAUGUCAGUGACUGUCUGUCCCUCUGUCCCCAGGGAGUGAUCCAGCUGAGGUUCAGUAAAGUCAAUGAGCUCCCACUGAACCAAGAUGACCCUGGGAAAUUCUUUUUUGAGAUUAUACCACGUAAGCAGAAGACUGUAUCUGUCUCUGACUCUCUCUCUAGCUCUCUCUUUCCCUUCUCUCGCAUCCUCUCUCUCGCAUUCCAUCUCACCAUGUCUCUCUCUUGUCUCUCCGCUGAGAGAGGAAUUAAAGAUCUUCCCUAUGUAUGAUGUAUCCCAGUAUGUUGGAGAGUCAUACCCUCUCUGUAUUCCAGGCAACAGUGGUGAUCGGGAGCGGUACCCGUACGUCCUCAUGGCCAACUCCCACAUUGAGAUGGAGGGGUGGGUCCGCACGCUCCGCAGGGUGGUUGGAGUGCCCUCUAGUGGAGGUACAGAUAGUCUGCUGACCUUAUUAAGGGACAAGAGUUUUCCCUGACCAAGGGACCUGACCAGGAAAAAAACAUAUAACUAGGACCCAGAAUACGUUUUUCCUGGUCAGGUCACAUGGUCAGGAAAAAGCAGGGCUCUAGUAUGACAUCUGAACUUAAUUUCUUGACUUUUGUUCGAGGACUCUUUUUGGAGUUGUCUUCGGGCCCAUGACAUAAAGCCGCAACCCAUGAGGAACUAGCCACAAGUGGCUCUCAAGUCUUGACCCACAACUUGAAAAACCGUGGCUCUGAUUCUCCAGUCUGGGCUGUGACUUACUCUAACUGCUCUCUUUCCCUCUCAGCGAUAUUUGGCAAGAACCUGUGUGAUACGGUGACCUACGAGCAGCGGUUUGGCCCCCACAUGGUGCCCAUCCUGGUGCAGAAGUGUGCAGAGUUCAUCAGAGAACACGGACUAAAUGAGGAAGGCAUCUUCAGACUACCGGGACAAGACAACAUCGUCAAACAGUUUAGGGAUGCGUUCAACGCUGGAGAGAGACCUUCCUUCCCAAUGUGAGACGCCUCAGAGCUAAAUUAAGCUAAGCUAACUUACAUAACAGCGUUUGAAGGAACGUUCAAGGGCGCCAACGUACAAACAGACAAUUAUUACGCCCUUUUUAUACAAACUCAAAUCCUGUUGGCUUCUUUUCUAAAGGUUGCAUAGAAAGAUGAGAGAGAUGCAGUGAGGAUGAUAGUACAGAGAUGCCUGAUACACUUUUCUGCUCUUAGUGCUCUGUGGCUUACACCACAUCCUGUCCUAGUAGACAGAGAAGAGCAGCGUUACUGAACAACACAGCAAACAGUCUUAUAAGAACCUUCUGCCCACGCUGAACUCUCUAUGGUGACAAAAUUGUUGAAAGGGAGGACAAACUGAUUUGUAGCUGGAUUCAACACAGAAUAGAAAUACACUCAGCAAAACUGUAUGUUUGUGUGUGUCUGUGUGUGUGCGGAUGCAUAUAAAUGCGCGUGCGACUGUGUGUGGAUGCAUAUGAAUGCGCGUGCGACUGUGUGUGGGUGUGCUUGUGUAGCCUAUGUAUGCACUGUUUAUGACUGUUUUGUGCCCUGCAGUGACACAGAUGUCCACACAGUGGGGUCGUUGUUCAAGCUGUACCUGCGGGAGCUGCCUGAGCCGGUGGUUCCUUGGACACAGUACCAAGACUUCCUGGACUGCAGCCCCAUGCUGGACCCCAACAGUGCUGCAGUAGGAACUCAUAUUUACUUCAAUUAAGACUUUAGCCAAAUAUUCUUAUAAAUAAACGUUUUCUCUAGGCUACAAUUUGUGAUUUAGCUCUAUAUCUGUCAACUGUGCCAAAAUGAGUAUGUACUGAAUCAGAGUGUUUUGACUUCCUUCAAUGAUGACCAUAGCCAAAAUGACUACAUGCAGGCCUGCUGAAUAGGAGUGCUUUAGUUAAACUAUGUACAUUCCAACUCACUUUCCACCCAGGGUCGUGAGAGACUGGAGAAGCAGAUCAGCCUACUUCCUAGAACCAACUACAACCUCCUCAGCUACAUAUGCAGGUGAGCUUACACGUAAACAAUCACAGAUCAGGGUAGUGAAUAUUCAGUUGAAUUACAUAUCAUAGAACCUAUUGAUGAACGAGCUUCUAUUGAAACGUUUGAAAAGCAAUUUGAUUACUACACUGUAAUGAUUAGUCUAUAGCUUGCUCGUACAGCAUUUUGCGUUUGAUAAAAUAAAAUAAAAAUCUGCAUGGUGAGUGAUUCUACGUCCUAAAUAGGGCACUUUAUAAGGUGCCAUUUGGGACUCACCCUGUGUGACUUUGCUGUCUGAUCUUUCUGUCUGUGAAGGUUCUUAUUUGAAGUGCAGCAGAACUCCAAGGUGAACAAGAUGAGUGUUGAAAACCUGGCCACGGUCAUUGGGAUCAACCUGCUCAAGUCCCAGAUUGAGGACCCCAUCACUAUGAUGAAGGGUGAGACCAGACCACUGCCUGUCAGGAUCAUCUUAAGCCAUGUUAAGGAUAGCCUUGGGCUAAGAAAUUGCAGUGUGAAAACGGGUUGGAGUUAAUUAUAUUUCAAUUGCAGUCAAUUCAGAAAGUAAACCAAAUUCCAAUUCCAAAUGUUCCUAAUUGAAAAACAUUGGAAAGAAUUGGAAUUUCAGUGGACUUCCUGAAUUGACUGGAAUUCAAAUGGAAUUGACCCCAACCCUGAUGUGAAAAGGCCUUUAGUGCAUACUGUAACAGGGUGGUAUUGUCAUUAUCAGCAGUAGGCCUAUGCUUUUAUUUUGAAAGUCAUACCUUUAUUUUGACAUACUGCUGCUGCUUGAUGCAAUGACAAACUGACCUUACUGUACUGUUUGAUUAUUUAUGAAAUUAAGAUAGAUAAGCAAUAGCUCAUAGACACAGUAUAAUUUAUAUCAACAAAUUGUUUCUGUAUCCUCAUUCCCUUUCAGAUCUGUCUUUUGCAUAAACAGACUGUGUGCUUGGCUGUGUCUCUCCUCACAGGUACUCCUCAGAUCCAGAAGCUGAUGACAGUGAUGAUCAGACAGCAUGAGGCUUUGUUUCCUCCGUCUAAAGACGUGGCUCCUUCACCCCCCAUCAAGAAGAGUGACAGCAAGAAGAACAGCGCUCCACGCAGCUUUGUGGGCUGGGAGUCUGCUGAGGUAACAACAUCACAUAAUUAAUGAAAUGCAGCCCAUAGGGCACUGGUCAAAUGUAGUGCAAAAUUAAAGGAGUAAUACACUGAGUGUACAAAACAUUAGGAACACCUUCCUGAUAUUUAGUUGCCCCCCAGGACAGCCUCAAUCAAUCGGGGUAUGGACUCUACAAGGUGUCGAAAGCGUUCCACAGGGAUGCUGGCCCAUGUUGACUCCAAUGCUUCCCACAGUUGUGUCAAGUUGGCUGGAUGUCUUUUGGGCGUUGGACCCUUCUUCAUACACACAGGAAACUGUUGAGCAUGAAAAACCCAGCAGCGUUGCAGUUCUUGACACAAACUGCUGCAUCUGGCACCUACUACCAUGCCCCGCUCAAAGGCAUUUAAAUCUUGUGUCUUGCCCAUUCACCCCCUGAAUGGCCGACAUACACAAUCCAUGUCUCAACUGUCUCACGGCUUUAAAAGUCUCCUCCCCUUCAUCUACACUGAUAGAAGUGGAUUUAACAUGUGACAUCACUAAGGGAUCAUAGCUUUCACCUGGAUUCACCUGGUCAGUCUAUGUCAUGUUUUGUAUACUCAGUGUAUAUUAUGAUACAUUAUUAUACCAAUAAGCAUUGCAUAGCUACACUUCUGUAAAUGUUCAUGUGUGUUGCAGUAAAUAAAGCUCAUUCUAGUUCUGUGGUCUAAACUACAUUCCACAUUCUGUCUGUCCCUGCAGUGUGAGGGGUCUCUGUCAGAGUCUCCAGAGGAGGAGGAGGACACAGACAAUCUGGGGGCAGAGCCAGUGACCAUCUCCAUCCCCCAGGCAGGGCCCCAGCAGCCCCACUCACUCUCUUCAUCCUCAGCCAUAGACCACUGGUCCGGGAGCCCCCGCAAACGCACCCAGACCCUGCCCACCCUGAACUGCCCAGUCCCGGGGAUGGCCGGCAAGCUGGAGGCCAUGAACUGCUGGAGCCACAUCAAUGAGUGUAGCGAGGAGAAAGGGGAGAAGGAAGAGAAGACUCUCUCAGAGGACAUCUUUAAGAUCCUGGACCUACAGAGGACCUCUUUGUUCGGAGAGGCCCAGAAGAAGGACUGGGAGGACAGAGAGACGGCCAGGAGAGGAAGUGACAUCACAGUCACCUAUGAUGACAUCACAGCCACCUCUUCCAAACCCAGCAGUGACCCCAAGCAGAAGUCUCAGUCAGCGACCCCUGAGAAGAAGACAGAGGCCGGUAUAGCUGUGGUUUCAUCUUCAGCCCUUCAACCAGACAGUAAGGUUGAACAGCAGGAGGACAGCCGGGGAGACUCAGAGCACCUCGUUACCAGGUCUGUAUUAUGGAAUACUUCCUGUGUCCCAAAUGACACACUUUUCCCUAUAUAGUGCACUACUUUGACUAGGGCUAUAUAGGGUGUCAUUUAGGAUGCAGAAUACUAUGUUAUUGGAAAGGACACAAUGUCAAGACUAGUGUACUGUACUCUGCAUUCAUAAAUGAUAUCUCCCUCCCUCUCCCCUCCCAUGCAGCCUUCAGCAGAGGAACAGAGAGCUGAGUGCCACAGUAGCGGAGCUGCAGUCAGCCCUGGACGAAGAGAAGCGCUCUGUGUCUGCUCUGGAGAUUCGGCUGAGGAACGCAGAAUACAGCCGAGACAAGGCCCAGAGACGCAACCAGGAGCUGGACCAGGAGAUACAACAGUUCCUCACCAGAGAACCACGAAGGCCAACUUAG